CCACAAGCACCGUCGCCGUUGAGCUCAGCCGUCGCCGAUGAAGCUCAACGGCGAUGCCGAGACUCCAACCCACACCGAUCGCCACGCUCAAGCGUCGCGAUCGGCGCCGAUCGCCAGCGCAACCCACACCGAUCGCGACGCUUGAGCGUCGCGAUCGGCGCUGAUCGCCAGCGCUGAAGCAUCGCGAUCGGUUGAUUUGUUUGGGAUGUCGUUGUUACUGGAACACCCAUUCAGGAGGAUCAAUUUGAUUUGUUUUCUUUGAUGUCGUUGUUGCGGUUACAGCAGAGUUAUUUGGAAAGCUUGGAAGAGCUUUCUCAUCUACAGGUACUAAUGGAAACCAUUUCUUUGCGAAGAACAAAAGACAAUGGACUGAUUGUGCCACUUAAAACAAUAGAGAACUAUUAUGUGGAAUUUUCUAAAGAAGAACUUCAAUUGUACAACAUAAUGGAAGAGAAAGCUAAGCAUGUUUUCCAGGAUUAUGUUGAUUCUGAGUGUGAUCUAUCCAAGCUUGAAGCUGUUAUAAUUACACUCCUACAACUUCGCCAGUUAUGUAUUGAUUUGGGUUUGUGCGCUUCAAAUAUCAAGUCAAAACUUCUUGAUGAAAAUAUUGAAGGUUCUAUCUAUAAUGUCAUUGAAACAUCUGCCUUCUCUAUUGUCAAAGUGCAAAAGUUUAACUAUGAAAGCAGACAUGGAUAAAUGGGACCUCCCUGGCAUUGCAAGUCUGCUUCAAAGUUCACCUUAUGUGGAAACGUUGGUGUUAAGGAUAAGAUUACCUCUGCCAUUCAAAACUCAAAUAUCAAGAUCACACAACUGGAGUAUAACAGCCAAGAUUACCACAACAGCCAAGAUUACAACAAUC